AUGGUUGGAAAUGAAGGCGUUGAAAGGAUUAGUCCUAAUGAUUUCCCAGAAUUAUAUCCAGGCGGUGAAGAAGAGAUUGAAGGCUUGAAUCAGGAAUCACAUCCCGAUGAUGAACGCGAUUUUGAAUCCAGAGAUUCAUCAUCCACAUCAGUGUUGCUCACGGAUAAGGAACGAUCAGAGAAAGAGUUUUCUUGGUUUGUAGAUGAGUCGUAUCCUGAUACAGCUUCAACAACUACAGCAACACCAUCAACAGAAGGAUUUUCCUCUUCUGAUUUUGUGCCAUUAUGGUUAAAGAAUACUCAAAAAUCACCUACUGAAAUGGAUAGUUUGAAACAACAACAGCAGCAACAGCAGCAGCAUGAACAUUCUGCAGACUCUAUUUCAGCACUUCUCAAGAUGUUGGAAUCUGAACGCGCCAAGAAUAUUAAAGUGAUUGAUAUGAGAGACAAAUGUGAUUGGACAGAAUGGAUGGUUGUUUGUGAAGGACUGAGUGAAAGACAUCUUGGGAAUGUUGCAGAUCAAGUUUACAGUGCUCUCAAGAGGAGUUCCCCCAAGAGUAGUCCACCUGUGAUGGAGGGUCGUGAUACAUCUGAUUGGGUGGUGAUCGAUGCAGGGUCGGUUGUUAUUCAUUUCAUGACGCCAGAGGCCAGAAAAGAGCGAGAUCUGGAGGGUUUAUGGGCUGCAGUUAAGAAUCCAUUAAAACUUAAGGAUGCGGAAGAAUUAUCAUGGGAUGACAUCAAAGGAAAGAUGACCAAGAGUUGGAAAGAAGAUCAUGGACGAUCGAAAGGAGAGGAUGGCAAGCGUGGACGUCGUGGCGAGAGAGAUAUUCCACUUUCAGAGGUUGUCAAGUGGUAA